GGCAUUUUCCCACUCGGUCGCACGGGGUCCGUGCGUUCACUCUCCACGGCCUUUUUUCCUUCACUCUUCGACACUCAGUGGUCCAAAGAGCGACUCGACACAGUCCACGUUCGCCAGUUACAGCAGCAGCAACGAGUUCUCUGUGUGCGCAGAGAGACCACCUGUGUGUCAUAUACCUGCUCACUGAUAUAGCUAAAAAUCGAAAGUUGCUCCGGACCCAAGCGCGCGUAUAUACAUUAAAGUGCGGUCAAGAUGUUGCUCGUUCAGCCAACGGAAGAAAUGUCCAAGUUGAUCCGUAAGGAGCUCAACGAAAAUGUCGAUACCCGCGAGAGAGAUCUGAAAUACAUCAAGGAAUGGCUGGCUAAACAACCACAUUUGCCAAAAUUCGACGAUGACUACCGGCUGAUGACAUUUCUACGUGGGUGCAAAUUUUCGCUCGAGAAGUGCAAGCGCAAACUUGACAAUUAUUUCACGAUGCGUUCCCUCGUCCCGGAAUUUUUCGCUAAUCGCGAUAUUACCAGAGCCGAAAUGAGAGAGCUCACCAAAGUUGUCCAAGUACCACCACUACCUGGCCUGACGAAAAACGGCCGUCGCGUCGUGGUGAUGCGUGGAAUCGACAAGGACCUGCCAACACCCAACGUCGCCGAGGCCAUGAAACUCGUCAUGAUGAUCGGCGACAUCCGUUUGAAGGAGGAACUGGUCGGCGUAGCCGGCGACGUGUACAUACUCGACGCCAGCGUCGCGACCGCGGCUCACUUUGCCAAAUUCACCCCGAGCCUUGUAAAGAAAUUCCUCGUCUGCGUACAAGAGGCUUAUCCGGUCAAACUGAAGGAGGUGCACGUGGUGAACGUCUCGCCGAUCGUUGACAGCAUCGUCAAUUUUGUUAAACCAUUGCUCAAGGAGAAGAUUCGCAACAGAAUAUUCGUCCACAGCAAAAUGGAGCAGCUCUACGAUUACAUACCCAGAGAGAUAUUGCCCGAGGAGUACGGCGGCCAGGCUGGGCCGAUCCAAGCGAUUCACGAAACUUGGAUGAAAAAGCUGGAGGAGUACGGCCCGUGGUUCAAGGAGCAAGAAUCCGUUAAAACGAAUGAACUCCUUCGACCAGGCAAACCCAAGACUCACGAUGACCUGUUUGGUCUUGAUGGCUCUUUCAGGCAGUUAUCUAUUGACUAG